CCUUUCACUUGAAAUCCAUAAUGGAAAGAUAAGGAAGGGGAGGAGAUCGGGAGAGUGCUACAGGGAGCAGCAGGAGGAGUGGAAAUGCUUGGGCAGCUAGGCAAGAAAACGAAGGCCAGCACGCUUAGCUCAUUAGAGGUCUGACCCUAUAAAAGGCAGACAGGAUCCCUCUGGGGCUUGCUCCUGGGUUGUCUUUCACAGCGCUUUGAACAGGGGAGCUGGUCUUAGGAGUUCAGCACGGGAGGUCAAGGGGCACAGGAGGAGAGAACCCCGUAAGUCCGAGUUUCCCAAGAAGGGGCUGCACAUCAGUGAGGAGGGUGGUGUCCUGCUGUGUCCUUCCUGUGACAGAAAUCUGCACUAGUCCAGGGAGCAAAAGUUGCGGGUUACCUGGCAAGAACCGUGGACUUCUGAAACGGUAAAGAACAGAAACCAGGACGUCAUGUCAACAGCAGGAAUUGCGGCGCAGGAGAUGAGAGUCCCCUUAAAGAGCGGCUUUCUCCAUAAUGGGGAAGGCAUGGGGAGCCUGAAGACCUGUUGGACAGGCCACAGUGGAUUUGAAAAUUCAUUUUUCAGCAUGGAUCCCGUAACAAUGGCCUACAGCCUGAACUCAUCAGCUCAGCAUCACUGUGCAUCCGUCGCUGGGCCUGUUUCUAAUCCUGACCUGGUAAAUGGCCAUAGCCAUGCGGAGAACAGCAGCAAGGCUUUGCCUCAGAAGUCAAGUCCGCUUCUGUUCAGCCCCAGAAGCGAGAGGCCUACUUCAAACCCCAAAGAUGACCCUAUUCCCAGCUUCAGCAGACUCUCCAUAAACACAAGUGGCCACUGCAGCGAGACGCCUCCCCACACGCCAGUGACGAGCGGGACCUAUCCCUUCCCUCCCAUGCCUUCUAGUGAGCGUGGCGCCAGGCCGCUGCCUCCCUUGCCUGUUGCUAAGGACUUCCUGCAUGACGACGUGGACAGGGAAGUGGAGUUCCUGACCAGCUCAGACACAGACUGUUUGCUGGAAGAUUGUGGCAACCCUGCUUUUAAAACCACUGGUCAGGGCAGGAGAAGUUUCAGGGGCUGUGGGCAGAUCAACUAUGCCUACUUUGAUGCCCCACCGGGACCCAAAUCUCAAGAGGCCCACUUAGCAGCAGCUGUCCAAAACGGAUGCACAGGCAGCACCUGCCCCCCUCCUCCACCACCGCAUCAACUGCACCGGCGGUUGAGGCGCUCACAUUCCGGGCCCGCUGGGUCUUUCAACAAGCCAGUAGUGAGGAUAUCGAGCCAUUUUCAUCGAGCAUCUCCCUCUUCUGACGACGAUAAACCAGAAGUUCCCCCCAGGGUUCCCAUUCCUCCCAGGGUGCUCAAGCCGGACUAUCGGAGGUGGUCGGCUGAGGUGGCUUCCAAUGCUUACAGCGAUGAGGAUAAGCCUCCCAAAGUCCCCCCGAGAGAGCCCCUGUCCCGGAGCAAUUCUCGAACGCCGAGCCCCAAAAGCUUGCCACUCUACGUCAACGGCGUUAUGCCACCCACGCAAAGCUUUGCCCCCGAUCCAAAGUACGUCAGCAGCAAAGCCCUGCAGAGGCAGCACAGCGAAGGUUCGGCCAACAAAGCCCCGUGCAUCCUUCCGAUCAUUGAAAACGGGAAGAAGGUCAGUUCGACGCAUUACUACCUGCUCCCGGAAAGGCCCCCAUAUCUGGACAAAUACGAAAAGUUCUUCCGGGAAGCAGAAGAGACCAGCUUGAGUGCAAAAGGGCAGUCUUGGAACAGUGACCCCAGCCCGCCCAAGCUGGACUUGAAAGUCAAGGCAGAUGUGGCCAGCCACGUGAAACGCAAACAUCUGUCUUGUGUGGUUUCUCCAUAAAAACACCAGAGGGUAGAGCGGGAAGGUAUAAUAAACUGUGAUUGCGAGCAGUUCUCCCAAAGGCCUGAAGUACGACAGAGGCGCUUUGGACUGUCAGCAAGAGCCAGAAGGACGACAGCGGAGCUCCCACUGGGUGCUGCAUCGCUCUGGACCAAGCAGACCAUUCUUGUUUGAGUGAAAGGACUUGGAGAAACACUUGAGUGUGCAUAGGGUUGGCCAGUUAUUCAAUAUUCUAGAGUAAUAUAUACGUUUUUAGAAACUCACAUUAGUAGAAAAAAAGGAAUGCAGUCUUGCUAACAAGACUAGUGACUUAUGCCAAAAACAAAGGGUAGUUCAGUAUUUUUAUCAGAGGACUUUUCAGUGUGACAGCCAUGACAUUUUUAAUUCCCCCCCCCCCCCCCCCGAACAUGUUUCCUGCUCUCCUCUGCCUGGCACAAGCUGAUUCUCCCCUGCCAGGAAAUGCCUUUGUUUCUCAAGGAAGGAGACUGGCAACUCUGGUACCGGUUUCUUGACUUCGUGAAAACCCAUCAUGGGUUUGGAUAAGGCUAUGUUAAGGGUUCUAGAUUUUGACCAUGGGAGACGUUCAGAUUUUGUUGGCUGGGCUUUGUCUGCAGGGCUCAGCUCUUCCCCACCCCCAGCAUUACUCAAAAGCGCUUAGUAGGAUUCAGUUGACUUGGACCAAGAAAUGCCAACUGCAGCCCACAGCCACCUUCUUCACAAAUCCCAGGGAACGGGUGGUUGUUGGUCUGGCAGGCAGGAGAAGUUGUUGCCGCAUGAACCAAGACAGAAAAGGACAGGUGUUAAGUAGGGAAGGAGAGGGACCCUUUUUCAAAAAGAAAAUGGACCAACUUCUGUUCUUCAGGCAGGAGGUAUGACUGAUAGCUAGAAAUGGGCCUCAAGCUGGUCUUGGGCUCUGGUUCCUGUUUUAUACCCCUCGAGAAGGUGACGGACUUUUUGCCAAGUCAGAUUGCUAAUUUUUGUGCCCCCCUUUUGAAGACGACAAAGCUGGCGUCUGCCAGGUCUGCCGUUUUCUGAACCUCAGCGGCAGACCGGCCUCUUAGAGCCAUUUGAGAGUUUGGUUAAAAAGUGAUGCUUUUCUUCACACACACACCCUCGCUUGUGCAUUCUCUUGUGCUCCCCCUCCCCCACACACUAAGGGGGAAAGGUGCUCUCUGACGGAGGUCUGUCCACAGUCGUGGUCUCCUGAUGACACACAAAAAAAUAGCUGUUUACAGUAAAUGAAAUAAAACUGCUGACUGGGAAGGUGUGUCUCCCCUUCUGCGCCACCCCCCUGCAACUUCUAGAAAGCUUACUGGGUUCUAGUCAAAGCAUUAAAUGAAGGUAACCUACACAUUCUAGAAAUAAUGCACUGAAAUUUUAACGCAUCAGGUGUACAGUAUUGGAGGAAGGACGUUCACUUUGUAUUUUUGGAUAUUGCCAUGUCUUGAAUUUAAUAAAAUUAUAAUGUACUUAUUUAUGAAAAUACGAA